CGCGUAGUUACACGAACGCUGCCGACGAAGCGAAAGGGAAGGCAAACGAGGGUCAGACGAGGAGAGAUAAAAUGGUUAUAACCUCUCCUACCUUAUUCGCUCGUGCUAGAGGAGGCGACAGGUUCUGGAAGAGGAGGAGGAUUCUUUCGCUCUCAGCUCACUACUUUGGGCGCAAGAAGAAUUGCUACUCAAUUGCAAUCAAGUAUGUGAAUAGAGCUCUUCGUUACUCUACAAUCGCUCGAAGGCAGAAGAAAUUAGACCUCAGAGCUCUUUGGAAGGCCCGUAUCACUGGAGGUUCUGAGGAGCUUGGCACCAGCUACAAUAGCAUGAAAUACACAUUGAAUGACAUUGGUAUUGGACUAGACCACAAGAUCUUACAAAACAUGGCUAUCUGGGAGCCAAGGACCUUCAGGGGUCUUGCACUGCUUACCAAAGCAAAGGAAACUGAGAAGGGCCUGAAUAGUCUGGAUGGACCUUCAGUAUCAGGUGUUGUGACACGGGGAAUGCUUUAAGAUGGAAGCUCUGGGUGUUGCAUAUGCACAAAGUCUUGCAUGCAUUGAUAUGUACAUUAGACGUUUUUUUUUCACAACUGUUUUAUCAUCUUAUUACUAUGCUUCUCUUAGGUAACUGAUGUAUAUGUAUAUGAAUUUAGAGUUUCUCUUGGAACUUCAAUAUAAAUGUGUAAUGAUACAGUGCCACAAUGUAUAGAAAAUGUUAGCAUCAAGUACUUCCAUGGGAGCUAGUCGAUAUGAAGAUCUCAUCAGAUUACUUGAAUCAAAGGCAAACUAUGGCUUUUUGUGUAAGUAUCUGUAAAAAAAUCUUUGCAGGAAUGGGGAUUCUAUAGAAACCUUACAUUUUUUAAAUGGUCAAUAUUUGGCUGAUUAUGAUUUUUUUGUAGAUUAUUAUCAUGUAUAUAGUUGUAUUCUUUUGUAAGUAAAUGAUACAUAUUUGAUUUCUUCAAAUAAACCUUUCCUUUUUCUU